CGGCAUUGCUCACAGAGGGAUAGUGGCUCCUGACCUCACAGUCCUCUGGGGAGGUGGCGUUUACGACUCGGCGGUGUCCUUGCUUUUUCAUCCCUGGCGGAGCGCAGCCUAGCGGCAGCGCGGGUUUCCCAACCGGCGAGUUUAGGACGCAACACCCGGAAGUGGCGGCUGGAGCGGGAUCGCUGAGUUGUCGGGCGGCGGGACAGCGGCCCGGAAUAGGGGGCGGGGGCGUUGGUCAUGUUUCCCUUCGGGCCCCACAGCCCGGGCGGGGACGGGGCGGCUGGAGCUGAGGAGCCGCCGCCUCUCGGAGGGCCGGCGGCAGCAUCCAGACCGCCCUCUCCUGCUCCGCGGCCCGCGCCUCCACAGCGAGGAGCCGACGCGGCCCCUCCCCCGUCGGCCGCCGGGAGCCCUUGCCUCCCAGGCCGCCCGGCUCUGUCCCCGGACGAUCGCGCCGGAGAGCUCGCGACGCCCGGAGCUCUAGAGUUGUCCGCUGCCGCGUCGCAGGCAGAGCUGUCACCGUCGUCCUCGCCGCGCAGACGCUCGAGGCCAGACUGCAGGGCGGGCAGCCGGAGCCGGCAGGGCCACAGCGCUGGCUUGGGCGGCCCUGGUGCCAGACUGUUCGGGUGGCUGAGAGAGCGAAGCCUCGGCCGCGGCCUGUUCGUAGACCCGGCGCGGGACAACUUCCGCACCAUGACUAACCUGUAUGGUUCCAUCCACCCUGCAGACUCCGUGUACCUCAGCACCCGCACCCACGGUGCUGUCUUCAACCUCGAGUACUCGCCCGACGGGUCAGUGCUGACAGUUGCUUGUGAACAGACUGAAGUUCUGCUUUUUGACCCUAUAUCUUCAAAGCACAUAAAAACCCUGUCUGAAGCACAUGAAGACUGUGUGAAUAAUAUCAGAUUUCUUGAUAACCGGCUGUUUGCUACCUGCUCUGAUGAUACUACAAUAGCACUAUGGGAUCUGAGAAAACUGAACACCAAAGUAUGCACUUUACAUGGUCACACUAGCUGGGUGAAGAACAUCGAAUAUGACACUAAUACAAGACUCUUAGUAACAUCAGGAUUUGAUGGAAAUGUCAUUAUUUGGGACACUAACAGGUGUACAGAAGAUGGCUGUCCACAUAAGAAGUUCUUUCAUACACGCUUUCUCAUGCGAAUGAGAUUAACACCAGAUUGUUCCAAAAUGCUGAUCUCAACAUCUUCUGGAUACUUGCUGAUUUUGCACGAUUUGGAUUUAACGAAGUCUUUAGAAGUAGGGAGCUAUCCUAUUUUGAGAGCAAGAAGAACUACUUCAAGUUCAGAUUUGACCACUUCAUCAAGUUCUUCUGGUUCUAGAGUUUCUGGUUCACCUUGUCAUCACAGUGACUCUAAUUCAUCUGAGAAACACAUGUCACGAGCCUCUCAACGAGAAGGAGUUUCACCACGAAAUAGUCUUGAAGUCUUAACCCCCGAAGUUCCUGGUGAAAGAGAUCGUGGAAACUGCAUCACAUCCUUACAGCUGCACCCCAAAGGCUGGGCCACCCUUCUUCGGUGCUCAAGCAACACUGAUGAUCAGGAGUGGACUUGUGUCUAUGAAUUCCAAGAAGGAGCUCCAGUACGACCUGUCUCACCUCGCUGUUCCCUGCGGUUGACUCAUUACAUCGAAGAAGCCAACGUAGGCAGGGGCUACAUCAAAGAACUUUGCUUCAGCCCUGAUGGACGAAUGAUUUCUUCCCCACAUGGCUACGGGAUUCGCUUGUUGGGAUUUGACAAACAAUGCAGUGAGCUUGUUGACUGUUUACCCAAAGAAGCCAGUCCCCUAAGGGUGAUUCGCUCUCUGUACUCUCACAACGAUGUGGUCCUGACGACAAAGUUCUCUCCAACACAUUGCCAGAUUGCCUCAGGGUGCCUUAGUGGGCGGGUCUCUUUGUAUCAGCCGAAGUUCUAGGCACAACUCACAUCAAAUAAGAAACUCUUAUGGUGUUUGGCUUAUAAAUUACUUCAAUUUAGGUGAAGUAUUUUCUUUUUUAGAAGCUCUUUUAAGUUUGGGUCAAGAUCUUGGUUACUGUGGGUCAAUGAACAUAAAUAUGACCUGAGUACUUGGCCGUCCAGCAUCAUCCGGGCAUCUCCAUUUCGACCAUGAACAUCGUUCUGUCAGCAUUCCUGUGCUCCUGUCUGUGCUGCUGAG